CACUCUUGCCAUUCUCCACAUCACGCACACGCCCGCUUCACAAUUCAAACGAACGGCAUUUUAUUUUCUCAGGAUCUCGGGAGUCGUGAAUGUUUUACCCAAUAUCAACGUUCAGUGCUAUCUGACCAAAAUUUCAAUCUGUUCUGUUAGUUGUCAAGUGCCUGUGUCGCCAUGUCCCAUCCGUCCGACCAUGUGCUGCGCCCCAAGGAAAAUGCUCCAGUCAGGAUGCCGGAAAAAUCAACUGCCGUGCUCAAUACGCAGAAGAACUUGCUAUUGGGAAAGAAGCCCAACAGCGAGAACGUGGCGCCAACCAGCAAACCCCUGCCAGGAUCUACUGGCGCUGUGAUCAGGAGUGCGGCGACCACCGUGCGUCCGGCGACCACCGUGCGUCCGGCGACCACCGUGCGUCCGGCGACAAAGCCAGGCCUAGGUGGGUCAUCCAUACCUCCAUCCGAAGGAACCAACUUCGUUGCUCCAGCUCCAGUAGCACCGAUCAAGAAGCCCGAAUCCAUUUCCAAGCAGAAGACCGCUGCCGAGAGCUCAGAAUCCGCAAAGGGAUCUGGUGCGGCCAGCAGCAGCACAGACAAAGAGAAACCCAAGACUGAAACCCAGCCACAGAAGCCCAAGAAGACCUGGGAGCUCAACAACUUCGAUAUUGGUCGCCUGCUGGGGCGCGGCAAGUUUGGCAACGUUUAUUUGGCGCGCGAAAAGGAAUCACAGUUCGUGGUGGCCCUAAAAGUGCUGUUCAAGCGUCAGAUUGGCGAGUCCAAUGUGGAGCACCAGGUGCGCCGGGAGAUCGAGAUACAAUCGCACCUGCGUCAUCCGCAUAUCCUGCGUCUGUACGCCUACUUUCACGACGACGUGCGCAUAUAUCUGAUCUUGGAGUAUGCCCCACAAGGAACGCUGUUCAAUGCCUUGCAGGCACAGCCCAUGAAGCGUUUUGAUGAGCGUCAGUCGGCCACCUAUAUUCAGGCGUUGUGCUCGGCGCUGCUCUAUCUGCAUGAGCGGGACAUCAUCCACAGGGAUAUCAAGCCGGAGAACUUGCUGCUCGGGCACAAGGGCGUCCUGAAGAUUGCAGACUUUGGCUGGUCCGUGCACGAGCCGAACUCCAUGCGCAUGACACUGUGCGGCACCGUCGACUAUUUGCCACCUGAAAUGGUUCAGGGCAAGCCGCACACGAAAAACGUAGAUUUGUGGAGCCUCGGUGUGCUCUGCUUUGAGUUGUUGGUGGGCCAUGCUCCCUUCUACUCGAAGAACUACGACGAGACCUACAAGAAGAUUCUCAAGGUGGACUACAAACUGCCGGAGCACAUUUCCAAGGCAGCUUCACAUCUCAUUUCCAAGCUGCUGGUCCUUAAUCCGCAGCACCGCCUACCGCUGGAUCAGGUGAUGGUGCACCCAUGGAUCCUGGCGCACACGCAGUGAACCCCAUGCUUGUUUCAUUUUGAGUUAAUUCCUUUUAAUUACAUUUUUAAUUAGGGCGCGCCGCGUAAUUUAAUUAUGGCAUCAUAAAUUUUCAUUUAUAGAGAUUCGAGAAAUUAACAUUUAGCAAUUAAGUUUAUUAUUAUCAUUACCAAUAAAGUUUGUGUGUGUGUUUUCGAAUGCUAGUGUACAUUCCUAUCUUAUGUGGCUACCUAAUCUCUAGUGAAAUGAGUUGACGCAGUUGCAAAUGCAGAAGUGAAACGUGGAGGCGGCGACAAAAAAACAGG